AUGAGUCCUAUCAAGACAACUAGCUAUAAUCAAUUAGACAUUGAUUAUUUAAUCGAUGAAUUAACAUUAGCUGAGAAAAUAUCGUUAUUAGCCGGAAAAGAUUUUUGGCAUACCGUUCCAAUUCCUCGAGUUAAAAUCCCUUCCAUUAGAGUUUCAGAUGGUCCAAAUGGUAUUAGAGGUACGAAAUUUUUCAAUGGUGUUCCAUCCAAUUGUUUCCCUUGUGGUACCGGUUUAGCAGCAACUUUUAAUAAAGAUUUAUUAGUGGAAUCAGGUGAAUUAAUGGGAAAAGAAGCUAAAUUAAAAGGGGCUGCCAUUAUUUUAGGUCCAACUUGUAAUAUUAUCCGUUCUCCCUUAGGUGGAAGAUCAUUUGAAAGUUAUUCUGAAGACCCUUUAUUAUCGGGUAUUGCUGCUGCUAGUGUUAUCAAAGGUAUUCAAAAUGAAAAAGUUGUGGCUUGUCUUAAACAUUUCGUUUGUAAUGAUCAAGAAGAUGACAGAAGAGCUGUUGAUACUUUAUUAACUGACAGAGCAUUCAGAGAAAUUUAUUUAAAACCUUUCCAUAUUGCUAUUAGAGAUUCCAAUCCAAAAUCAUUUAUGACAUCUUAUAAUAAGAUCAAUGGUGAACAUGUAUCUCAAAGUAAGAAAAUCUUACAGGAUAUUUUAAGAAAGGAAUUGAAUUAUACUGGAACUAUUAUGUCUGAUUGGUAUGGAGUUUAUUCAACCAAAGAAGCCUUGGAUGCAGGAUUGAAUUUAGAAAUGCCUGGUCCAACUAGAUUUAGACAAAUAAAUCAAGUUCUUCAAGCCGUUCAAUCUAAUGAAGUUAGCGAAGAUGUCAUUGAUGAAAACGUUCGUUAUAUUUUAAGAUUGGUUAAUGAAAGUUUAAAGGCUGAAAUACCUGAUGAUGUAGUGGAAUCUCCUAAUGAUGAUCCAGCCGCUGGUGAAUUAUUAAGAAAAGUGGGUGAUGAAUCGAUUGUGUUAUUAAAGAAUGAAAAUAAUAUCUUACCAUUAUCCAAGACUAAAAUUGAAGGUCAAGGAAAGAUUGCUGUCAUUGGUCCAAAUGUAAAAGUUGCUCAAGAUUCAGGUGGCGGUUCCGCUUCUAUGACCACUCGUUAUAAAAUCACUCCUUGGGAAGGUAUCCAAACUAAACUUGAAGAAGGAAACAAUACUGUUGGUUUAGAAUAUUCUUUAGGAGCUUUCUUAGAUAGUACUUUACCUGAUGUGGGACUCACUUUAUUCAAUGAAGAAGGUGAAAAGGGUCUUAAUGCUAGAUUUUAUAAACAUCCACCAGGUCAUAAAGGGGAUAGACUUUUAUUAGAAGAAUUGAAAUUAUCAACUUCAAGAGUUUUACUUUCUGAUUAUAGUAGUGAACACUUAGAUCCCAAUAAACCUUUAUACUAUGUUGAUUUCACCGGUACUUAUAUUCCUGAUGAAACUGCUGAAUAUAAUUUUGGUACUUCAUGUGUUGGUACUGCUCAAAUAUUCGUUGAUGAUGCUUUAGUGGUUGAUAAUAAAACCAAACAAACGAAAGGGGAUGCUUACUUUUUAGGUAUGGGUACCAGAGAAGAAAGAGGUUCAGUUCAUUUAGAAAAGGGUGUUUCUUAUAAUGUCAGAGUUGAAUUCGGUACUGCUCCUACAUAUACAUUAGAAAGUGGACUUGAAGAUGCUGGUGGAGUUUAUUUCGGUAUUCAAAUUAAAUCUACUCCUGAAGUUGAAAUUUCAAAAGCAGUUAAAUUAGCUAAAGAAGUUGAUACUGUGGUUCUUGUAGUUGGUCUUUCUAAAGAAUGUGAAUCAGAAGGAUUUGAUAGACCAGAUAUGGAUAUUCCAGGAUCAACCAAUGAAUUAAUUGAACAAGUAGUUAAGGCUAAUCCUAACGUUAUUGUAGUCAAUCAAUCUGGAUCACCAGUUACUAUGCCAUGGGCUGAAAAAGUUCCCGCUAUAAUUCAAGCCUGGUUUGGAGGUAAUGAAUUAGGUAAUACUAUUGCUGAUGUGUUAUUUGGGGAUUAUAAUCCAUCAGGGAAAUUAUCAAUGACAUUCCCAAAAAGAUUGCAGGACAAUCCAUCAUACUUUAAUUUUGGUUCUUCUAAUGGAGAAGUUUUGUAUGGUGAAGAUGUAUUUGUUGGGUAUAGAUAUUAUGAAAAGAUUGAUCUUAAACCAUUAUUUGCAUUUGGUCAUGGAUUAUCAUAUACAAGUUUUGAACUUGAUGAAUUAGUUGUUACUAAUGAUGGUGAUUCUGUUGAUAUUAAAGUUAGAGUUACCAACACUGGUAAAUUAGCCGGAGCUGAAGUUGUUCAAAUAUAUAUUGAACAAGAGAAUCCAUUAAUUCCAAGACCAAAGAAAGAAUUGAAAGAUUUUGGAAAGAUUCAUUUAGAAGCGGGUAAAUCAGGUAUUGUUGAAUUAUCAAUCAGUAUAAAGGAAGCCACAUCAUAUUGGAAUGUACUGAAACGUAAAUGGCAAUCUGAUAAAGGUACAUAUAAAGUUUUAGUUGGUACUAGUUCGGAUAAGAUUGAAGUUGAAGAUAAAUUUAUUACAUCAAAAACAUUCAAUUGGGUUGGAGUUUGA